AUGUCAACUGCAAAGGUGGUAAUAGUGUUGUGUCUAUUCCUUAGUUGUACUGCAGGUACCAAGAGACUGUCUUUUGAAAAUGUCAAGGUAACUAUAAUAUCGACAAAACUGCACUACAAGUUCCCUGAUUUCGAUAUCAGGAUUGCAAAUUCCAAUAGUUUGAUGGAUAAUCUCAAAGACCGCGAUCCGAGAACCUAUGACACAAUCAAAAUUGCUAACCAAUCCAUACCUGUGAUCUACGAGGGAGCCUUAUCAAAUCUUUACGUAUGCCGUUUGAGUUUGGUAUAUUGCGACAUCCAAAAAAUAGAACGAGGAGCUUUUAAAAAUGUUCAAAAACUGGAUUUUCUCACUAUAAGCGAAACUACUCUCAAAGAAAUACGGAAAGGCGUGUUCAAUAAUUUACCAGUUACCACCCUCUAUUUGGACAACAACCAGAUAGCCGAUAUUGAGAGUGGUGCGUUUGAUGGAAUGAAUAAACUGAAGAAGAUUUACCUGAGCAUCAAUGAGUUGGAGACGAUCAAGAGAGGUCUGUUCAGGAAUUUACCAGAGCUAAAGUUGAUAAGGAUGGACGAGAACAGGAUUAGCAAUAUUGAGCUAGGAUCGUUUGAAAAUCUACCAAAGUUGAGAAAACUUAUUAUUGAUAACAACCAUAUUAAACAGAUUGAGGAUGGUGUAUUCGAAAAUCUCACUUCACUCAAUACUCUUUUUCUACAAAACAAUGAGAUUUCCGAUAUUGGACCGGGAUCAUUCAAGACUCUGGAAAAUUUGGAAGUACUAUGGUUGCAGGGAAAUAACCUCAAGGAAAUGAAAGCUGGAAUUUUCAACACGCUCAACAAUUUGAGAGAACUGAAUAUUAACGAUAAUCAAAUUUGUUCAAUAGAAAAAGGCUUUCUAGAUGGUUUAGACAAGUUGGAAGAAGUUGAUUUGAGUCAUAACAGGAUGACGAACAUACCAAGGGGUAUAUUCAGUAAUACCACUAUUUCUGAUUUGAAACUGGGUAAUAACGACAUAAUGACAAUUGAACCAGGAGCAUUCGAGUCGGCUCACAUGUUUGACCUUGACCUUCGAGGCAAUGACUUGAGAGAAAUAGUCAAAGGCAUUUUCAGUAACCUCCUGGUGAGCCGUUUGGACUUGAGCGGCAACAAGAUAGAACGAAUCGAAGAAGGCGCUUUCGAAAACUCGAAUUUUCAAUACCUGCAUUUGGAUGGAAACAGGAUCAAGCAUAUCGAGAACAGUAUUUUUAGGAACGUCAAAGUUUUUUACCUCUUCAUCUUAGAUAAUCAGAUAAAUGAUGAGGAGCUAGAUAACUUGAAGAAUUUUUUCAAGUGCAAGACUAAUACGCCUCAUUUUGUAUAG